GACAGCAUCAACCUCAGGAAAGCACAUUCAAACAUAACACAAUAUGCCUCAUCCCCAAUCGUUGGAAAUCUGAGACUGGCGAAAAGGUGUAAAGCUGCCUAGGGACGAUAUUGAAACCAUUACCAUUAAGGUAGUCGGUCAGUCGUCUGUUGAGAACUCCUUAUGAUUGCUGAAAGCCUGACGCUGACGGACUUGAAGAAGAAUAUUACACGCCUUUGCCGGGCUUUCCAGUCACAUUCUUGUUUUUGAGAGAGUGCCUCAUUUCCAUCCAAUGUGGUGAAUACCCGACUACUAAAGAAGAAAAUAUUAUCACGUGCGAUCAUGAAGAAAAGGGGGGAGACCAUGUGACCCGAAUCGCAAGCGUACCUGAUUUCUAUCUGGUAUGUCACUCGGCUCCUAGAAGCCUGAUUUCGAGAUAUGCUUUGCAGUUUCGCAGUCUCUAAUUUUCCAGGUCAAGCUUUCAACGGAAAAUAGAGCGACAGCAGGUAAGUCAGUGAUUGUCGUCGUUUUAACUUUCUACCAUAUUUUAAAGCUCCGAGCCUAGGGGCCUUGAGGCAAUUGAUCUAAAUGCCUCAUGUCAUCUACGGCCUUCAAAAUAUGGUGUAAUACUAGAAUGAAGCGAGAUAUCCACUGCCCUCUAUCUCUUCGCUGCUAGUCCAAUCGCGAUUUUGCACUCAAGCUUUGAAGCAAUAAAUCGUUCCUAUCUUUUACAUCUCUAAAGCAUCAUUUUAACGGAGAUAUUCCAUUAAGCCACUUUCCUUUCAGCGGUAUCUGGUCUUUUGUUGACAUUUUGGAAGUUAUCAGAUCCGACCAUGAACAAAGAACCGUACAGCAUCGAUAUCCAUUCCUUUGUUUUCUUUACUCGGAAUACCGUCGAGUUUCUUUGCAGCCAGCGAGGUUCCUUUUGCGUUAGAAAAAUUCUCGACCUGCCUUGCAUUUGUUUUGCUCUUCUCUCAUAAUCUUCAAUUGAGUUGUCUUCCGCAUCUUGCGGUCCGGACUACCGCAAAUAUGUCGGACUAAUUGCCUAUGAACCUAGCCCAGACGGCUCUCCCUGAUUUCAACAUGGGAAACUAUGGUGGUAGUUCACGGGAUAUCAAUGAUGGUAUUACCCCCAUGGAAGACGUAACCUACCAAGACGCUGUGGAGCAACAGCCAAACGAAGUGAUUUUGGAUCGUGCCCCGCUACCACCCGUUCCAGCAAACGUCGAAGAACUCCCUCGAGGCCUCCCAUAUCUUCCCGGAGUACCAGAAGAUUAUACCCCUGAGCCAAACUUGGACCCCAAUAAGGAUCGGGAGGAUAAUGCAUGGCUCGCAAGCGAGAAGAACUGGACUACGCGAGUGGGAGAAGGAUGGGUUGCAAAAAAGGUGCUGGGUAGGGGUGGGAUGGGUAUCGUGGGACUUUGGGAAUACGAAGGUCUUGACAAAGAUCUGAAGUCCCUGACGAAAAUCGCGGUCAAGCAACAAACAUGGCGAGAGCGAUACGUCAACCUUGGUGAUGAGGAAUACUUAUUGAGAAUGUUUCAGAGGGUUAAGACUCAGCAUAUUCCUAAGCUUUAUGGACGUGUGAUGGCUGGGAUGGGGGCGUCAGGUCCGGGGAGUAAAUAUGAUUCGGGUCAAGUGCAAAGGAUUUUUCUGGAGUUUUGCGAGGGAGGAGACCUCUAUGAAGUCAUAGCGAAGAGAAGAAUGCAGUAGGUACCAGGCACUCCUUGAUUUUGAAACUCAACAUACGCUUUGCUCACGCUGUGUGUGUAGGUUGAAUGCUACGCAGGGUAGAAUUGGUGGCAUGACCGCUCUACAAUUGUGGGAAAUAUUUCAUUGCCUUGUAGGUGCAACGAUCUUUUGUUCCGAACUCCCUUUUAACUUCUUCCUAUGAGUUGAUUUUGAAUCUCAAUAGCCCCAUUAAGAAGAUCUCCACAAAACAUAGAGCUAACUUCCACUUCUUUUAGGCCUUGGCGAUUUAUGUGAUGCACACAGGUAGCGAAGACUAUCGAGCAAAUCCACCGAGAUGGGGUAGAAACGAAUUGAUCCAUUUUGAUUUGAAGCCGGAAAACAGUAUGCACCUUCUACUUCCCAAGGCCAAUUACAUACUUACGAUAGUCCAAAGCUUUUAUAGGAGCACCUACAUACGACGAAGAGCAUAGGUAUCGGGCACCGCACAAGGUAGGCAGUAUCCCGUUUCAAGAGCGACUAUUUUUCCUGACUUACGUCUUCCUAGAUUGCCGACUUUGGUUUAGCAUGGAUGAUGUCUCCAACCCGUGCUCGACAGGCGGGCUAUCCGGAUGAGACCUUUGCAAGGGGAACACGAGGGUUCCUUGCUCCGGUCAGUUGAGUCUUCUCUUUACACAAUUGUUCCAGUAUGCCUGCUAGAUGGAUGUACUAACGUCCACAGGAACAAGUACCUUACGCCCCCUCCCAGAGUGUGCCGGAUUAUGAUGAGUUUCUUAGGCCAUGGCAGACACCCGGGCGGAACCUAGUGAAAGACCCUCACUAUGGCACAACGACCAAUAUCUGGCAAAUUGGGUUGAUUAUGCAUUGUGUCUUGCAUAUGAAGACAUAUCCAGACGUACGUUUUGACACCUCUGCGUCUCUUCUUGUACGUAUCUGAUAGGCUCAUACUAACCCUUCCCAGUGGAGAACCGACAUCCCGGAUAAAUACGAGUGCGUGUAUUGGAAUCAAACCCCAAGGCUCCGCAGAUCAAGUCCUUCAGUGCACAUAAAAAAUGAUAUGACUAUGGCUAUGAACCUGAAGAAAGAUCCCAAACUAGAGCGCUUCCGGAGGGUCUUACUUAUAAUAUUGGAAUGUUUAAUCCUGAGUCCUGGUGAGCGUAUAGGUCCUCACGAGCUUUGUAUAAGGACGCGAGAGGGAAUGGAUGCGGAGCGUGAAUACGAGAGGCAAGUGAGGAUAGGGAGAAACAAAAUGGUUGCAAGACAGAUGCGGGCGCAGCGGAGAGCCCAAGGAGAACCAGACGAUGAUAUACACACAGAUGACGAGGAUGGGAUGAUUCCACCUGGACCGCCAUAUGAGGAGCCGAAACUGUCUGCCCGAUGGUAUGAUGGGGAGGCUCAAGUGAACUUAACCCGCUCCCGCGUGCCCUCACGCUCUACUGCCGAAUUGAGACGACAGCGAAAAGAGCAAGCCCGAAGAAUGGGCCUUCGAAGAGACGCCCUGGAAGUAGAGCAGCAGCGACAACGCGUGGAAACGGCCCUCUCACAGCAAGAACCACGGCCUCCAGCGGAGCCCGUUGAACAACGACAGCCAGUAAUACCAAGAAAAGCCGUUCCACAAAAGCCGCCUAAGCCUUCGGCCUCAAAGCUUCAACUACCCACCUAUAAAGGGCCACCAUUGCCACCCAAGGAGCCAUUACAAGCACAACAUCCCGAUCAGGGACAGAGAAGAACUAGAGCGAGUCAGAGGAACCAGCAAAUUCCUUCACUUCUGCGACCCGGGGGACUUCGACCUGCAGGGGAAUUUAAUCCUUAUAGAAUUCGUGCCGCUCAAAGAGCUCAACAGCAACAACAACAACCACCGACAGUAGAUGAUACCGGAUUCGUAACAGCACCCCUCCAACAGGCACCUCCACCUGUCAGACCACCACCCGGUUUUCCAGCGCCCGUCAGACCAGCACCAGGUCAACCAGCGCCUGGUAGACAAGCACCGGCUCCUCUAUCACCUUAUAGACCACCGCCAGGCCAACUAUAUCCCGUGAUCCCACCAUAUCCCGUAACCCCACCAUAUCCCGUAACACCCCCUCAAGCACCCGCUAUACCACCACCAGGGCCCCCCUAUCCACAGCCUCCUAACCCAGCGCUCGUGAGACCCCCAGGACUCGCACAACGACCUGUUCCCUUUCGUCCCGGAGCACCA